CAGAUGGUUCCUGUGCUGGACAAUAUGACCCCAGCUCCUCUGACACAGAACUGUUCCAACUGCACCCAAGUUUUAGUCCCAGAGCUCAAUGUGGUCAAAGCAGUGGUUUUGGGCCUGGUGCUUGGCGUAUUCAUUGUGUUUGGAAUUGUGGGAAACAUCCUGGUAAUCCUCUCAGUGGUUUGCCAUCGACACCUACGGACAGUCACGCAUUAUUUUAUAGUUAAUCUUGCAGUGGCAGAUUUGCUGCUGAGCUCCACUGUACUGCCCUUCUCUGCCAUUUUUGAGAUUGUGGAUCGCUGGGUGUUUGGAAGGGCCUUUUGCAAUGUUUGGGCAGCUGUUGAUGUGCUCUGCUGCACUGCCUCCAUCAUGAGCCUCUGCGUGAUCUCUGUUGACCGCUACAUUGGAGUCAGUUACCCUCUGCGCUACCCAACCAUAGUGACAAAACGCAGGGCGCUGCUGGCAGUGAUGCUGCUGUGGGUGUUGUCUAUCAUCAUAUCUAUUGGACCUUUGUUUGGGUGGAAAGAGCCGGCACCUGAGGACGAGUCCAUCUGCAAGAUCACAGAGGAGCCUGGCUACGCUAUCUUCUCUGCCGUGGGGUCUUUCUACCUUCCUCUGGCCAUCAUCCUGGCUAUGUACUGUCGGGUUUAUGUGGUAGCUCACAGGGAGAGCCGGGGCCUGAGGGAGGGCCACAAGACAGAGAAGUCAGAUUCAGAACGAGUCAUACUCAGGAUACACAGAGGCAACACAACUGUAUCAGAGGACGAGGCUCUUCGCAACCGCACACAUUUCGCUCUGCGACUGCUCAAGUUCUCACGUGAGAAGAAAGCUGCCAAGACCCUGGGGAUUGUGGUUGGCUGCUUUGUGUUGUGCUGGUUGCCCUUUUUCCUGGCACUACCCAUCGGCUCCAUAUUUCCUGCAUACAGACCUUCGGACACUGUCUUCAAGAUCACCUUCUGGCUCGGUUACUUCAACAGCUGCAUCAACCCUAUAAUCUACCCGUGCUCCAACCAGGAGUUUAAGAAAGCUUUCCAGAGUUUACUUGGAGUUCACUGUCUGAGAAGGACUCCCAGACCACACCAUCAUCAUCUGAGUGCGGGUCAGAGUCAAGCACAGGGUCAAGGCCAGCCCCUCACGCUGGGCUUGGACAGCAGGGGGGCUCCCUGUCGGCUCAGCCCUUCCUCCUCUAUGGCCCUGUCCAGAACCCCUUCCUCCAGGGAUAGCAGGGAGUGGAAGGUCUUUCCCGCUGGCCCCACAGGCAGAUCUGGACCGACCGAGACAAGCAGGGAUAAAGUGGCCAAAAUCUGCAGUAAAAGCUUCCACCGGACCUGCUGCUGCAUCCCCAGAGGUGGGACUCCCCCGCAGGAGUCAAACUGCACCCAGCCCCCUCCCGUUGGAAACCUUCCCACCAUUAAAAUCCACCAAUUGUCCCUGUCGGAAAAAGGAGAUCCUGUAUAACCACUAUAAUCCUUCAUCCAUUAGUCAUGACUCCCCUUUCAAGGUCACUGAUGAGAAUAUAUUUCCCUUUGCUCUCUUGGAUGAGCUGUGAUGGAACGGUGGCUGCUUUGAAAUUUGAAAGUCUCAGCGUUGAUAUCGUUGUGUGAUUUUUCCUGGAUGUAAGAUCGUCAAAGACAUAUCUAUAUUUAUCUUAUGCUAUAUUUUACCCCUUUGAUAAGGUGGCUUUUCGGCUUUCGAAACACAAACUAGGCUACUGCAGAACACAGCUUGGGAGGGGUGAAAAUAAGGCAAAAGUGUAUCAAGUUUUGUAAAAGUGUACAAAGAAAGAGAUCCUCUGAGCACUUUCCUGAGGUGGAUGGAAAGGGAAAAAAACAAUACACA